AUGGCGGAAACUGCAUUGUCCUUGACUCGAGAUCAUUUGUUUCCAUUCUUGAAGGAAGCAUUCAAUAUGAUCAAGGGCCUUCCAAAAGCAGUUGCAGACACGAAAGAUGAACUGGAAAUGAUUCAAGCCUUCAUUCAUGAUGCAGAUAUGAUGGAUGCAGCUAAAGAAGACAUGACGCAUGACACAAUCAAAAGGAGGGUGAAGGAGCUGAUAGAAGUUGCUUUUCGUAUGGAAGAUGUCAUUGAUGAAUAUAUGAUCUUUGAGGAACAACAGGCUGGUAAUGAUCCUGGAUGUGCAGCUUUGAGUAAUCCUGUUGACUUCAUCAAAGUUAUGAUCCUUCGUCUUCAAAUAGCGCACAAGAUUAAGGACAUCAAUUCACAAGUUUGUGAAAUCAUGGAAAGCAGUAAAAGUGACAAUCGCUUCCAAAUCCAAUCUUCUGGAAAACAAGGACCGAGCAGUUCUAGAGGAUGCCAAAAUGUCCAAUGGCAGAACCUUCGACAUGCUCCAUUUUACAUGGAAGAAGCUGAAAUUGUGGGUUUCGAAGCCCCUAGAGAUAAAUUGGUUCAUUGGUUGGUAAAUGGAAGAGCGAAGCGCACUGUGAUCUCUGUGGUAGGAAUGGGAGGGUUGGGAAAGACCACUCUUGCCAAGAAAGUUUUUGACAGUCGAGAGGUCGUUGGACACUUCGAUUGCCGUGUUUGGAUCACAGUGUCUCAAUCCUACAUGGCAGAAGGGCUGUUGAGGGGCAUGCUGCUGAAGAUUUGCAAAGAAAAGAAGAAAGAUCCUCCUCAGAAUAUUUCUACAAUGGAUCGAUGGUCGUUGAUAAGUGAAGUGAGAAAUCUCUUGAAUGGAAUGAGGUAUGUUCUCUUGUUUGAUGAUGUGUGGAAUGAGCAUUUUUGGGAUGAAAUUGAAUUUGCAGUAACUGAUAAUAAAAAUGGAAGUAGGAUACUUAUCACAACAAGAGACAUGAAUGUUGCUCUAUACUGUAAGAAAUCUUCUUUUGUUGAAAUCCAUAACUUGCGCUCCUUGUCCCCAGAAAAAUCUUGGCAACUCUUUUGCAAGAAGGCCUUCCAAUUUGAGUCUAAUGAAUGCUGUCCAAGAGAGCUCAAAGAUAUAUCCUCUAAGAUUGUUGAAAAAUGUGAGGGUCUACCACUUGCAAUAGUGGUCAUUGGUGGUCUUUUAUCUAUGAAAGAUACGACUGCAGUUGAUGAAUGGGUAAACUUCUAUAAUGAGCUGCAGAAGAAUCAACAUAUAGAUAGCAUAACCAAUAUUUUGGGUUUAAGUUAUCAUGAUUUGCCAUACCAUCUUAAAUCGUGCCUUUUGUAUUUUGGAAUAUAUCCUGAAGACUAUGAAAUUAAAUCCAAAAGACUAAUUCGGCAAUGGAUGGUUGAAGGGUUUGUAAAACAUGAGGAGGGAAAAACUUUAGAGAAAGUUGCAGAAAGAUAUUUAAGAGAGUUGAUUGAUAGAAGUUUGGUGCAAUCAUCUUCACUUAGCAUUGAUGGGAGAGUUAGAAGUUGUCGAGUUCAUGACCUAACACGUGAGAUGAUUCUUAGAAAAUGUGAGGAUUUGAGGUUUUGUCAUGUGGUACAUGGUGAGUUGUUGAUAGCCCGACGCUUAUCAAUAACAACUGGUUCCAAUGAUUUAAUGAGUAGUAAUGAACGACCACACAUUCGAUCACUUUUUGUAUUCACAGAUGAAUUACCUUUACACUUUAUGAGUAGAAUAUCUACUGAAUACAUGUUAAAGGUACUUGAUUUUGAAGAAGUUAAGCGGUCUUUAAUUCAUGAAAGUUUGUGGAAUUUAAACCACUUGAAGUAUUUAGGCUUCGAGAGUUACUUAAUCCACUCAAAGUAUAUACACUUGGGGAAUUUAGGGAAUUUAGGGAAUUUAAUACACUUGAAGUAUUUAAGCUUCAGGAAUACACAAAUAUAUAUUCUUCCAAAUUACAUUGCUAGGCUACAAAAUUUGGAGACUUUGGACCUAAGGGGAACAUAUGUGGAAGAAAUUCCAAGGGAGAUUUGCAAACUUAGUAAGCUACAACAUCUUUUAGGCGAUUAUCUGUCUAUGAUUCAGUUGAAGAAUGGUAUUGGAAGCAUGACAUCCCUACAAACUCUGGGUAAAGUGAAAAUAGACAAACAUGGUGCAGAGCAAACAAGAGAGCUGGGAAGGCUAACACAAUUAAGGAAGUUGAGCUUGUUUGAUGUUAGGGAAGAACAGGGAAGUGCUCUCUGUUCCUCAAUAAAUAAGAUGCAAUGUUUGGAAAGCCUACGCAUUGAUUCAAGAAUUCUAGAUGACAUCCUUUGUUCACAGUUUAAUUCAGCCCCACCUAUGCUUCGGAAGCUUAGCCUAUUAUCCAAGUCUAAGAAAUUGCCAGAGUGGAUUCCAAAGCUUCAAAACCUUGUUAAGCUAAGCUUGAUAGACUUCCAGUUAAUUGAUGAUCCAAUGAAAUUAUUAAAAAAUUUGCCAAAUUUGUUGUACCUCCAUAUUUUCUCAUAUAAAGGUGUAAGCAUGCAUUUUCAAGAUGGGGGGUUUCAGAAACUGAAAGAUCUAAGACUCAUAUAUUUGCCAAACUUGAAUUCCAUCUGUAUUGACAAAGGAGCACUGCAUUCUCUCAAAUCCCUUUGGUUAGAAUUUAUCCCUAAACUUGAAGAGGUACCCUCUGGCAUCCAACACUUGAAGCAACUUGAAGUUCUCCAUGUGGAAGAUAUGUCAACUGAAUUUGAGAGCAACAUAUCUCGUAUUAGAGGACGAAGUCACUCCAUAAUUGUGCAUGUGCCUGUUGUAAGAAUUGUCAACUUCCACAGAUAUUACACUUUUCACCACUGA